UUCCCUACACACCGUCAUGACUGGAAAAGUGUCGUUGUGUGGAUCGACAAUCCUGCUUUGGAGAUACCCAAGAUUGAAGGGGUCUCCAUGUCCAAGUCCGACACGAAGUACAAAAAGAAGCUUAAACUAAAGGAAUCUUAUUUCAGUGGUGCCCCAACGAAUGGCUCCAACACGUCUCUCCGAUUCGAAUAUGAGGCUGGGUUUGGCUCUACAUUUAUGGGUUUUACCCGCUGGGAUGGCGAGUACCAGAAUUUGAUCAUGUGGGAACAACUCACGGACGCAGCGCGUGCCACUCUUAACGACGGCAACAACUUUGGGAAAGAAGCGAGUGUGCCGUUCAGUGAUGAACACUUCGAGGACCGCCUCGACGAAGCAUGGCCAUUCUAA